ACCUGCAAGAUUUGGUAAUUGAUGGGAUUAAGAGGGAAGAAGGCAGGGUAAAGUUUUAUGGUGGAUGAUAGGGGUCCUAUUAAGAAGGGGAAAGUGAAAGGUGAUUUUGAGAGACGAUGUUGGGCUUGGCUUGGGGACCAGUUCUUUUUUUUUUUUUUUCCUAUAAUACCUUUAUUGAGCUAUAACUCACAUACUAUACCCUUCACCCGUUUAAAGUGUAUAGUUCAAAGGUUUUUAGCAUACAGUUUUUUUAAUAGAAAAAAAUUUUUUACUGUGCUUUAUGUGAGAGUUUACAAUUCAAUUUCUCGUACAAAAACUUAUACACACAUUAUUAUGUGACCCUAGUUGCUCUCCCUGCAAUGUGACAGCACACUCCUCUCUACCCUGUAUUCCCCAUGUGCAUUCAGUUACCUCCUGUCCCCCUCUGCCUUCUCAUCUCACCUCCAGACAGGAGCUCCCCACAUAGUCUCAUGUGUCUACUUGAGCUAAGAAGCACACUCCUCACCAAUAUCAUUUUAUGUCUUAUAGUCCAGUCCGAUCUUUGUUAUUCUCAGAGUUUUGCAACCAUCACCACAAUCAAUUUUAGAAAUUUUCAUCAUCCUUAAAAGAAACCCUGUACCCGUUAGCAGUCACUCCCCAUUUCCCUCCACUCCCUUGAUCCUCCACAAUCCCUGGCAAACCAUUAAUCUAUUUUCUGUCUCUAUGGAUUUGCCUAUUCUGGGCAUUUUAUAUAAAUGGGGUCAUUCUAUGUGGUCUUUUCUAACUGGCUUCUUUCACUUAGCAUGUUUUCAAGAUUCAUCCAUGUAGUAGCAUGUAUCAGCACUUUAUUCCUUUUAUGACUAAAUAAUAUUGCAUUGUAUGAAUAUACCAUAUUUUGUUUAUCCACUCAUCAGUUGGUAGAUAUUUGGGCUGUUUAUAUGCUUUUUAGCUAUUAUGAAUAAUGCCGCGGUGAACAUUUGUAUACAAGUUUCUGUGUGGACGCAUGUUUUCAUUUCUCUCGGGUAUCCACUUAGGUGAAGAACUGCUGAGCCAUAGGGUAACUCCAUGUUUGACCAUUUGAGAAAUGGUCAGACUGGUUUCUAAAGUGGCUGCACCAUUCUACAUUCCCAGCAGGAGUGUAUGAGGGUUCCAGUUUUUCAUGUCUCAUCAACACUUGUUGAUCAGCACCUUUUGAGGGAUCAUUACAGUGAUGAGAAGGGAGGGCCAUUCAGAUUUGGUGGGAGUUCAGGCACAGCACUUUUAGCCACUAAAGGCACAGUGCCUGGGACCUAUGACUCUUUCAAGCCCUAGACAAAUGUUUGAAACCUAAGCAAACAAACAAAAACCCAAAGACCGUUGUCUCCAAAAAAAAAAAGAAAAGAAAGAACAAAAUUAAUAACUAUUUAAUUUAAGUAUUACAAAGUGCAAUUUUAUUUCUAGUACUGAGCUGUACUCCGAGAGGGCCCUGAACAAUGCAAGAUGGGUGCUGCCUGCAAAGGACUCUGGGAAAGAACUAGCAGUGACCUGGGCCAGGAAAAAAAUACCCAAAUACCUGACUUCCUGGUAACAUCAAUUGGAAUCCAUUAACUAGUGCAAAAACAACCCAUUCAUCAUAAACUAGGGUGGUUUUUUCCUGGGUCCCUUGCAUGUAUCCUUGCACGUAAAUGCUAAGUAUAUGAACCCCCACCCUGCACUGUAGUUUGAGGAACUCUACGUGGAUGACUCAGGGAGUUGCUGUCUAUCACAGGAAUCUUGGCACCAACCUCUGUCUGUAAGUUCCCUAGUAAAAGCUAGAUCUGAUCAACCUGGCUUUUUGUGCUUCUUUUUUCAGAAUCCAACCUGUCUGUGCCCCUCUGAGUCACUCCUGCCCACUGGUCCAGUGGGGUGCAACACAACUCAACUCAAAUAGUCAUAUAUACCAAAUAAGAAAAAGUGUAAACUAUGAAAGAAAAUGAAUAAUGGAUUUAUAAAGAAACCUUAAGUUGUAGACAUAUAAAAAUCCUUUACUUGUUUUUACCACAGAAAAUUAUACUUAACGUGGAAUAUGGGUGCAUUUAAAAAUGUUCGAUAUGAUGUGGGUAGGGACUUCCACAAGUAGAUGUGUAUUUUUUAAGACACUAGACUAGGGUGCUUAAAACAGGAAAACGUGUUCGUAUAUGGGAGAGGGUAUUUUCUUCCAACAAAUAUUUCAAAUACCUUUUUUAGGCCAGGCCCUGUGCUAGGCACAAGAAUACAAGGGCAAGCAAAGACAUUGUCUUUGCCCUCCAGAAGUCUGGUGGUGAAGACAGAAUCCCAAUGCAGGGGGACCAGAGCUCUGACAGGGGUGAGCAGAGGGGCUGUGGGAGCCCAGACGAGAGUAACUGAUCCCAGAAGUGUUCGGAGCUGAAACUCUAAACUCUUAGAAAAAAACAGGAGUAAAUCUUUGUGACUUUGGGUCAGGCAAAGCUUUCUUCAAUUCUACACCAAAGCACAAGCAACAAAGGAAAACGUAGGUAAAUUGGGCUUCAUCAACAUUAAAAAUGUUGGGACUUCAAAGAACACCGUCAAGAAAGUGAAAAGACAACCCACAGAUGGGAGAAAAAUGUUUGCCAAUCAUAUAUCUGAUAAGGAACUUGUUUAAGAAUAUAUAGAGCACUCUACAACUCAGUAAUAAAAAGACAAAUAGCCCAAUUUAAAAAAUGGUAAAGGAUCUGAAUAUAUAGCUCUCCAAAGAAGAUACACAAAAUGGCCAAUAAGCACAUGACAAGAUGGUCAACAUCAUUAGCUAUCAAGGAAAUGCAAAUCAAAACCACAAUGAAAUACCACUUCCCACACUAAACCCAUUGUCCUCAAGUCGAUUCCGACCUAUAGGACACAGUAGAACUGUACCAUACGAUUUUCAAGGAGUAGCUGGUGGAUUCAAACUGCUGACCUUUUGGUUAGCAGCUGAGCUCUUAACCACUGCAUCACCAGGCCUCCUUACUACCACUAAGAUAAUGAUAAAAAAGAAAAUCACAAUUGAUGAGGAUUUGAAAAAAUUGGAACCCUCAUACACUGCUGGUGGGUACAGCUGCUUUGGAAAACAGUCUGGCAGUUCCUCAAGUAGUUACACACAGAGUCACCUUAUGACCCAACAACAAUUCUACUCUAGGUAUACAUACCCAAGAAAAAUGAAAACAUGGCCACACAAAAACUUGUAUACAAAUGUUCCUAGCAGCGUUAUUUAUAAUAGCCAAAAAUUAUAAACAACCCAAAUAUCUACCAACUGAUGAAUGGAUAAGCAAAAUAUGGUACAUCUGUACAAUAGAGUAUUUUUCAGCCAUAAAAAGGAAUGAAGUACUGAUACAUGCUACUGCAUGGGUGAACCUUGAAAAUAUUAUGCUACGUGAGAAAGAAGCCAGUGGGAAAAGAAUGCCUAUUAUGUGAUUCCAUUUAUAUAAAAUACCCAGAGUAGACAAAUCUAUAGAGACAGACAGUAGAUGAGUGGUUUCCCGGUGGCUGAGGGAUAGGAGGAGCCCUGGUGGUGCAGUGGUUAAAGCACUCGACUACAAACCAAAUGAUCAACGGUUCGAACUCACCAGCCGCUCCGUAGGAGAAAGAUGUGGCAGUCUGCUUCUGUGAAGAGUAGAGCUUUGAAAACCCUAUGGAGCAGUUCUGCUCUGUCCUAUAGUGUCACUAUGCAUCAGGAUUGACUUGAUGGCAGGAGUUCCUGAUGGCUAGAAGCUAGAAGUAGAACUAUGAGUUCACCUUUGGCUUCUCUUGGAAAGACCCGGAGAGUGCCCUUGCCGUCGGAGCCUGUGAAUCCAGGGAAACGAGGAAUAAAAAUCUAUGGAGAUGAAGAUGAGACAGAUGUGCUGGAUGACAGACAUGGCUCAGAAGAAAGGCUCUUGGUCCCUUCCUGCUACGGAAGAAUAGGCGCCCCUGUGGGUUGGCAAGGCGCUGUACUCCAUGACUUGGACACGAUGUCCUCCAUGGCAAGGAAGUUGCAGGAUCUGGAGCGGCAGGUGAAGGCCCAGUCUGUCGAGAUGCUGUCCAAGGAUAAGAAGAUAUUGGCCCUGGAGGACUUGGUGCAGAACCUUCAGCAAAACCGAGGUGAGGCGGCCCUGCAGCGGCAGGAGGAGCUGGAGACCAUGUGCAUGCAGCUACAACAGCAGGUCAGCGAGAUGGAGCGGUUCCUCAAUGACUAUGGCCUGCAGUGGGUGGGUGAGCCCACAGACCACGAGGACUCAGAGGGCAGGGCAGCCUCAGAGGAUAGCAAGAAGGACUGGAUGACUGUGAAGAAGUUCUGGAAGCCAGGGGAUUCAGUGGUGCCCCCAGAGGUGGACUUUGACAGGCUGCUGGCCAGCCUGAAGGACCUCAGUGAGCUGGUGGUUGAGGGCGAGACCCAGGUGACACCAGUGCCCGGUGGGGCACGGCUCCAUGUCCUCGAGCCCAUCCCCCUGAAGCUCUACCGGAAUGGUAUCAUCAUGUUUGACGGGCCCUUCCGGCCCUUCUACGAUCCCUCCACGCAGCGCUGCCUCCGAGACAUCUUGGAUGGCUUCUUCCCCUCCGAGCUCCAACGACUGUACCCCGAUGGAGUCCCCUUUAAGGUGAGUGACCUUCGCAAUCAGUUCUACCCGGAGGAUGGGCUGAACCUGUUCCCAGGAGAGGGUCGCGUGGUGGGCUGGCAGAGGGUACGCAAGGCCUCGGACAGGUUGGAAAACUCAGGUUCCAGGAUGACUGCUGAGAAGUUUCUGAACAGGCUUCCCAAGGUUGUGAUCCGGCAGGGCGAGGUGGUUGACAUCCGUGGCCCCAUCCGGGACACCCUACAGAACUGCUGCCCGUUGCCAGUCCGGAUCCAGGAGAUUGUGGUGGAGACACCUGCUUUGGCUGCGAAGCGUGAGAGGAGCCAGGAGUCGCCUGAGACACUGACGCCCUCACUCUCCACGCUGCGCAUCAAGUCCGAGAACUGCGAGCAGGCAUUCCUGCUGACAAUGCGGCCCGAGGACACUGUGGGCGACGUGCGCGCCCUGCUAGCGCAGGCCAGGGCCGUGGACCCCGCCGCCUUCGAGAUCUUUAGCACGUUCCCGCCCACGGUCUACGACGACGACGCGCUCACUCUGCAGGCCGCAGGCCUGGUGCCCAACGCGACGCUGCUGCUGCGGGCGCGCCGGGCCCCGCCGCCCGUCCGCGAGGCCCGCGCCGGGUUGGGUCUAGACCCCGGCCCCAGCGCUGAAUAAAAC